AUGAGUCUGAGAAAUAAAAAUGUUUCAAUUUCAUCAUUAUUAUCUUCAAACACAAAUGAUUCUGAUACAAAUAAUUUAGUAAAACUACAGCCAAAACCACCUGCUCCAAAAGUAGCAAAAGAUCCUAAAGAAUUAAAGCAAUCAUCAUUGAAAAGGCUAUUAUCAAAAUAUCAGACUACCUUUGACGCUCAAGAAACACCUGAACCAAUUGAACAAUCAUCAAAUUCAAACACAUUACUACUAAAAAAUAGAUUAGUUACAAAUGUUACAAAUUCACCAUCUACAAAUGGUUCAUCUAAAAAUCAUAAUCGAUCAAGAUCAAUUUCAAGAUCUCCAUCAGCUUCACUAACAUCACAAAUAAAAAAAUUUCAAACUUCUUUUCAAUUAGGUCCAAUUACAGCUCCUAAACCCAAAAGUAAAACUUCAAUCAAUUCCAUAAUAAAUAAUGAUGAUGAUGAUGAUUUAAACAGAUCACAUACUCCAUUAACUCCAUCUCAGCUGGCUGAUAUUUUGAUGAAUCAUAAUUUAAUCAAAAGAAAAAAUGGAUCAAGUACCAAUGAUAAUAAACGUCGUAAAGUUACUAAUGGAGAACUACAACAAUCACCAAUCAUAACAUCGAAAUUAAAAAAUGAUAUUGUUAAUGUUCAACCUGUAAAAAAAGGUAUUCAUUCUGGAAUGACGACUGAAAAAUCAGAAAAUAAAGGUCCACCUGUUAAACUAAGUGCUCCAACUGUAAUAGAUCUUUUAAAUCCAGAAGAAGAUGAAGAAGAAGUAGAAGUAAUUGAAACUGAAUCUGAAAAACCAACAACUACUACAACCCCAUCUAAAACUAGUACCAGCUCCAACGAAAGAAAACAGCUUUCUUUAACUGAUAAACAAUCAGCAACAAAUAAACCAGAAACACCUAUUAUUGCAUUAAAUAUUCCAUUAUUAGAUCCAAAAAAUCCUCAACCAGGUAAAGCUGAAGUUGUUGUAAAUGUUUUAAAAUUAGCUGAAGAAAAAUAUGGUUGGUCAACAAUUCAUCCAAAUGCUAAAUCUGCCAUAGAUAUAAUUGAUGAUAUGAUAGAUGAUGAAGAAGAUGAUGAUCAAGUAGAUGAUGAUAAUGAUGAUGAUGAUGAAAAAGAAAAACCUACAUCACAUCAACAACAACAACAAAAGGGAAAAGAAUUAACUGAAGAACAAUUAGUUAGACAACAUGAAAUUAAAAUGAUUAGAAAAGUUGGUAAAUAUGAUUUUGAAGAUCCUUUUAUUGAUGAUUUCGAAUUACAAAUGGAAGAAGAAAUUUCAACUACUAAAGAAGGAUUUUUUGUUUAUUGGGGUCCUUUAAUUGAUGAUAGAACAAGUAGUAAAAAAAGUUCAAAAAAGAAAUAG